CUUUGAAAUUCAUUGUGGUAAUUACUAUCCUUCACUGACUUCUUAGGUAUGCUGGCUGCAACUCUUGCACAUCAUAGGUCAAAGCCCAGAAUUUACAUAGGAUGCAUGAAAUCUGGUCCAGUUCUCACUAACAAGAACGUUAAAUAUCACGAGCCAGAGUUCUGGAAGUUUGGAGAAGAAGGGAACAAGUACUUCCGGCAUGCCACUGGCCAAAUCUAUGCCAUCUCAAAAGAUCUGGCCACAUACAUUUCAAUCAACCAGCCUAUACUCCACAAGUAUGCAAAUGAAGAUGUAUCACUUGGUGCAUGGUUUAUUGGGCUUGAAGUUGAGCAUAUUGAUGAGAGGAACAUGUGCUGUGGUACACCACCUGGUAUAACUUCUUUUAUUCUCUACUUAUCUUGUUCUUAGUUGACCAGCCUUAUU